AUGGUUCUGCUAGCUGUGCUUACUGUUCUACAAUGUCUUUCCAAAUUUUGUUUACCAUUGCCUGUCUACAUAAAUCCGGAGUCAAUAAUAAUCAAACCAACACUUUUGUUGAAUAAUAAUAUUGGCGACCAUUCCGAUGUUGAUUCGAACGAUUUCCCUACAGACCCAAGAACACCACCAGAAGUGACAGAGCAGGACGCUAGUAUUAUCUUGCAAGAAUAUGGAUAUUUGAGUACGGACGUCAUAGUCACUCGUUUGGACCAAACGGCGGAUGAGAGUAUGCUGAUCGCUCUAAAGCAAUUACAACAACGUUUCAAUCUGCCAGAUAGUGGAACGCUCGAUGAUGAUACUCGACGGCUUAUCGCUGCUCCGCGUUGCGGGGUGGCGGAACUAAACGCAGUCGAUGACAAGUGGACGAAACAAUCCUUGACGUUUAGAAUAAGCAGCUACCCGGGAAGUAUAACAAAUGGCGAAGCGAGACGCUUGAUCACGCAAGCGUUUAACGAAUGGACCAAGCAUGUGCCAUUGAGUAUUUCGGAAGUCAUGCAAGGCGAAGCCGAUAUUUAUGUCAGUGAUGAACAGGAAAAUCACCAAAAUCGACUUGGCAGUGAUUGUCGAUUCACAAGCAACGCGACCCUUGCACAUGCCUUCUACCCACAAGUGGGAGAUAUCCAUUAUAAUAGUGGGCGAAGUUACACUCAGGAUGAAUUUUUCAGCACUACCAUCCACGAGAUCGGACACUCUCUGGGGUUGGAUCAUACGAAUUCGAAAACAUCCAUUAUGUUUCCCUUUCACAUUCGCUAUCACACGGAAAUUCCACCAGAAGAUCGUCGUGCCCUGCAGGCGUUGUACGGUGUUCGAAAAACUACAAGCCCAACUACAUCACCUCGUUCUGAAACUAGCGGUUCUUAUCUGUGCUCGCUUGACAGAAUCGACACUAUACUGAACGAUGCUCAAGGUCGAACAUAUGUUCUGGCUGGUGAUUAUUAUUACGACCUUGACGAGCGGAACCCACAAGGGCGUCAAAUUUCAUCAAAAUGGCCCAAAUUACCCGGCGGCAUGGACGUCGCGUUCAUGUAUCGAAAUAACAAAACCUUUUUCUUCAAACGCAACAGAGUGUGGGUGUACGCAAACAAUCAGCUGGAAGCCGGCUAUCCCAAGCCAAUUAGAGACGAUUUUCCAGGUCUGCCAAAUAAUCUGAGUGCUGUGUUUGUGACGAAACAAGGAAGCUUGUUGGCCAUUAGGAAGAAGCAGUAUUGGUUCUACAAUCCCCGAAAGCGGCCACAGGUGGGCAAAGAGUUCCCCCGGUUGGUGUACGACUUCAAGGAUAUGCCAUCGAACUUGAAUGCGGCCCUGCGUCAUACCGAUGGAAUAUCGUACUUUUUCAAGGAUCGAAGUUUCUACAUCAUGAACAUGAAGGAUUACACGGUGGGACCGGCCACGCCAAUGGAGCAGCAGUGGUUUGAAUGCUAGAUAUGGGGAGUUGAAUGGUGGAUUAUGGAUAGAAUGUAACAUCAGUAAAACUGAUAAAUGAAUAAUACCUAGAACAAAUCCAGACAUGGGCCUUAAACAAAGUUCAUUCUAGAGAAGAAGUUCAAGUUUAUUUGCUGCUAUGUACUAAUGAUUAUGCCAGAGUAGUUCGUUUUCGUCUAACACUAAGAAUUAUUCAUACAACAGCAAACAUAUGUUGCUUUUUCAUGUGAUGUAUCAACUUUUCCCACCAAAUAAGAACAGAAACUCUUAAAAAUAAAAAGAUGAAUAGUUGGUUAUGUUUGUAUAAUGAAAUGACACAU